UACACUCAGUAGAUCAGAGCUUUUGGAGAACGAUUACUCAUCUAGAAGUAAAGCUGCAGCCACAACAGUGACAUCUGAAUACAUAAUCAAGUGCAUUCGGGGGUUAGCACCAAGGUUCAUAUCCGUUCGGUGGCUACAACGUUGCGCCGCACAUAAAUAAUAAUUUGCAUCAAGUCAAAGAGGGAAUGAAAAAUGUUCCUCGAAAAUCGUGCCUUUUCAUUCAAUUCACUUUUUUCCAUGCACCAACUAAUGCUUCCCCGUCGUCUGCGUUCUGUGUCCGGCUCACAGUCGUCAAUUGAAGCUUCUACUUGCCGGAACCUCCCGCGUGUGAACGUUAAUCCUUCAGCCUUCAAAAUGGUGUUGACUGAGUUUGCUCCAAAUCGCCCAUCCAACAGGGAGGAACUGUUACGGGAUAAGCGGUUCUUCUGUCCCCUUCCCAAGCACGGUCCACUGGAAAGCUACCGCAGCGCUGCCACCAUCGACUGGCGCCUGAUGCGCCUUUCCUUUACCGAUCAACGUGGGCUCGAGCUGCAACGCCGCCUAUAUCGAUUGUUUCGUACCGGCGAACCAUUCAUACGGGGCCGCACCGCCCGUAAUUUACCCACCGACGAACGGCGCCGGCUUGCGAUGGUACAGCUGCAACAUCUCCAGCGCGAACGUGUCUUCGACUAUGAAACGUUUACCGAGCGUCCCGAUCUUGCUUCCGUCUAUUACGCCACGAUCGCUGAAUACGAUAUGUCACUGCUGGUGCGUCUAACCGUCAACUAUCUGCUUUUUACCGGUGUUAUACGUAUGUUUGACGAACCUAAUGGCCGGCUAGCGCAUGUGAUCGGCCAAACGGAGGCCGGCAAUAUUACCGGUUCGUUCGCGCUCACCGAGGUAGGCCACGGUACGAAUGCUCGCGCGAUUCGAACACGUGCCACAUACGAUCCUGCCCAGCGUGAGUUCGUCCUGCACACGCCGGACUUUGAGGCGGCAAAAUGUUGGGCUGGCAAUUUAGCCAAAAGCUGCACGCACAUGAUCGUAUGGGCGCAGCUCUACACAGCCGAUGGACAGUGUCACGGGGUGAGCGGAUUUUUGGUGCCGAUUCGUGAUCGCCACACGCUGCAAACCUAUCCAGGCUUGUUGGUGGGUGAUCUGGGAGAAAAGGCCGGUCUGAAUGGGGUGGACAAUGGGUUUGUGAUUUUUCGUCAGUAUCGUAUUCCGCGUGCAAAUUUACUCGCACGCUUCGGCGAUGUUAACGAGCAGACGGGAGUGUUUGAAUCGGCUAUUGAAAGUGCUACCGAACGAUUCGCCCUAUCGAUGGGACCGCUCGUGCUGGGUCGGGUUAAUAUCUGUAUCGUGUCACAGACGUUGCUCGCUAAGGCGCUCACAGUAGGCAUCCGCUACUCGGCUGUCAGGCGUCAGUUUGGCCCCGGACCGGACGACCAGGAAUACCCGAUUUUGGAGUACCAAUCACAACAGCACCGACUGCUGCCUCAUCUCGCUACUUGUGUAGCGCUAAAGACGUUUAAUCUGUGGUUUGCACGGGUGUCGGGAAGGGCGCAGGUCCGUAUGCUACGCGCCGAGCAGAUCGAAAGUGACCUGCUGCUCGAAAUACAUAUCGUGGCUUCUGCCGUUAAGCCCAUCUGUAGCUGGGCAGCCCGCGACGGUAUUCAGGAUGCCCGGGAAGCUUGCGGCGGACACGGAUACCUUCGAAUGGCGGGACUUGCCGAUUUGAGGGUGGACAACGAUGCGAACAUCACGUACGAGGGUGAAAACAAUGUGCUGCUGCAGCAGGUGUCUCAGCAAUUGAUAGGAAUACGUACGAAAGGUGAUUACGCGGCCUUUGCGCUCAUGUCUCCACUGGGAUCGAUGAAGUUUUUAGCCGAGUACGAGCAGAUCAUGCAACAGCGUGUCGAAUGUUCCACGGUGGAACACGUUACAGAUCUCCAAGCUAUUCUCGAUACGCUCAACUGGCUGACGGCUUACAUGCUGGAACAAACCUAUCAACGCGCACAGGCAAUGCUACUACAGCAGGGAAUGCACAAAUUCGACGUCCGCAACAAUACGCAAAUAUUCUACGCUAAGGAUCUGGCCCUCGUGUUUGGAGAGCGUACAAUUUUCGAUUCCUUUUGCAACUUCCUCCACACGAUGGAUCGUGCACCGGAGCGUACGUAUCUAACGCGCCUAGCCGAGCUGUACGGUACCACGCUUCUUCGCAAACAUAUGGCAACUCUGCAAAGCGCAGGAUACUUCAAUGCGAACGCGUUCGCGCUGGUACAGGAAGCGAUCCUACAGCUGCUACCCGCUGUCAAGCGGGACGCAGUUGCAAUGAUAGACUCGCUGGCCCCGCCCGACUUUAUGCUUAACUCUCCACUAGGCGCGGCCGAUGGAAACGUUUACGAGCGUAUGGAAGCGGAAAUAAUGGCCGGACCGGACGUAACCGGGCGUGCAACAUGGUGGGAUGAGAUAAUACCAGCUAAAGGUGCUUCAAAACUGUAAAACCAGAUACCAGAUAGCGAUGAAAUCACCGAAAUUCGAAAGGGCGCAGUCAAUAUUAUUAUGUCCAAUCAAUGUUGUGUCUAAUUCGAACCGGCUGAUACUUAUCACACUGAGAACUAGCUUUAACCGACUGGCAUGAUGUAGCUAUAAUACGGGUAAAAGACUCGAGAAGGCCCCCCCCCUGACAAAAUUUGUUAGGC